UAGCAACUUCUUUCUUGGUAAACACAAAAACAAUUGUGUUAUACAAAUAUCGAGUUUCCAAUGACAUAAAGAAAAAAUUAUAAAAUUCAGAAUUAUAUUUUUUUAUUCGUACACCUGAACAUAGUGCAUAUGCAUUUAAAACAAAAUUUGCAGCCCUUGAGCUAUGGCCGAUGAUGAUGAAAAUAAACAAAAAAAGCACACAGUCGAAAGUCUAUUUAUGCUCUAUGCGAAUAACAAUAUCAACGCCUUGGAUUUAGAUAAUGAGGUGCAUGAGAGCAUAUUGUUGUCACAAAUGGAUUUUUGGCUAGAUCAAGCAAAACUACUGAGAACGGUAUUCACUAUGACUGAGACGGGCCUGGCUUACAUGAAAUUUAAGAAGUGGCGUCUGGAUUUUGAGGAAUUUUUAGAGUUUCUGAACAUAAUUUGUCAGGGCAAAGAUAUAAAAAUUGAUGAUGUGAAACAAGCGCUGGUCGAGGCCGGUCCACCCGGUGGCACGGCUGAAAUCGUUGUGAAAUAAUGAAGUGGUAUGAAAUCUUCAAUUAAAUAUUAUAUUUCUCUGGAUUUUUUUUUACGAAUAAUACUUGUAUACUAAUGAAAUAUACAUCCGCUAUCUGUAAUAUAAAAUAUAUAUAAUAC